AAACAGCAUCCCUCUUGAUUGGAGAAACCAACAAUGCCUGCCGAGUAACCUAUCUCUUCUUUCCCUUUCUGUAAAUUCUUCGUGGAACUCACGAGAACGCCGGACGCCUUUUUUUUCCUAUACUGCCUGGAGUAUUUAACUAUUCUGUGGAUAGGGCAUUUGCGGAUACCUGGCCGUAUUUCCUAGGCUUAACGAUAGCCAGGCACAGCGUCUGCUGUGUCGUCUGUGUCUGUCUUGUGUGCUGUUUAUAUAACCUUCGGCGCAGACCACCGUCAGAGUAAAGGAUCCUGCCGCCGCCGUCGCCACCAUAAGCCAAGAAAACGGCGAUCGAGUGCCGAACUUUUUCUUUUUUCUUUUUUUUCCCCGUCGUCUGUGUGUUGUUCUGUGGCUCUUGUGCAAGUGAUCGCGGGGAGUCUUCCCCUAGCUGUCUUCUUCUUCUGAUUGAAAGUCGAGAUAGCCCAGCGCCAACCCAGCGGUUCACCUGCGAUGCUUGGCCAGCGGCCCCAGGUAGAUAGACGGGAAUGCCGAGUAUGAGAAGCCAACGCGCCGCCAUCACCAGAGAGUUAUUGGCAAUGGCCAGUCGGGAGAGAGUUUCGCCAUUUUCCGCGAAUCGCCCGACCGAUAAAUUUUGUUGCAACACUUUGAAAUCGACCCGACGAUGGUGUAGGAUAACAUUUUGACUGCCCGACCUUUUUUUUUCUUAUAUUUGAAAAUUAAUGCUGGCCCCCCCUGUACAGUUGUCCACAUAACUCUCUUCUUCUUCUUCUUUUUCUUUCUGAAUGGAAGGGGCGAUAUAAGUAGAAGCGGCGCGGCCCCCAAUAAUAAUACGCACAUCUCAGACAAACAAGAAGAGAAACAGUGUGGGCCGGCCAGCAGGGAACGACCUCCCGACCCGGGGCUCGACCACCACCACCACCACUCGAUGCGGCACCCACAGCCUCAGCAGCAGCAGCCACUCAUGAAAGAAGAAGAAGAAGAAGACGAAGAAGAGAAGGGCAGUUUGGCUUUUUCUAGUGGCAAUGCUGUAAGAAGGUCAAUCAGUUUGAAAGAAGACGUUGUCCUGUCCUGACGUUGUUAUUUUUUCUGUUGGCUGGGCGACGACGACUGGUUUUAUUUUUCGUGUUGUUUUUAUAUAAUCUGCUUGUUUGUGUUGUUUGUGUCUGGACAAGGUGCCGUUCGCUCUUAUCGUUGUUCUCGUAUCGCGCAAGUGCCGUUCGUUCCGUUUUUUUUUUUUCCCAAUCGGCCGAGAGAAGAACCAGCGCGUAUCUCCAAGAAAAUGAGGAGCGCAACAACGACGACGACGGUGUUGUUGUUGUUGUUGCUUUUACCUGGGCAAUUCCUGCUGUCGGCGGCCGCCUUCUCCGAGGAGUCGCUCAAAGAUCUGAGCCGCCUUCCGCACUUCCAGCGCAUUUGGCUCCAGCGGCUCGACCAGAGCAACCGGCGGAAUAGCAACAAUUUCAGCAGCAGCAGCAGCAGCAGCGCAAAGGUCACGACCUCCUCGGCCCGUCCGUCCAGCAGCACAGCGACAUCCACUUGGACCGAUCCGUCGACUACUGACGAAUCCCUGGAAGAGGUAGUGGACGGAGAUGAGAGAGUGACGACCGUCGGUCCCAGCGCGGUUGGCCGGAAUGCGGAUGCCGGAAUGGAAUCGACGGGCGGCAAAGUCACGUUGACGAUCAGCGAAGCCAAGGAAAGACUCAAGGCCAGGAAGAUCAAAAGCCGGAAGGUGAAGACGGUGAUGCAACAGCAAAAGGAGGAAGAGGAAGAACAACAACUCAACAACCAAGGGCACUACCAGUACAACAAGAAGACGGACAACAUUUUCCGAGAUGAAACAGAAGAGGAAGCGGUUGAGGUGAAGAAACACAUCCAGCGGAUGGCCAGCGCCGGCUGCUCCACUCCAGCCUUGCGGUUGAUUUACGUGCGCCAGCAGCACGAGGCCGCUCCCAACGUCCGCUACCUGCCGGCCUGCACUUGGCUCCACCGCUGCUCCGACGAAACUGGAUGCUGCACCGACGACUCGAAAAUCUGCUCCGCCUCGCACAUCGAGUCCGUCUCGCUGCCAUUUUUCGUGUUGACGAUGACUGGAUCGGAGACCAAGAGGACCGUGACUCGGCUAUCGUUCGAGAACCACACGGCCUGCGAAUGCGUCGGCCGCAACAGCGACCUGAUGCCGCGGACGGAGCCGUACAUCAGCGAUCCGGUCAUCCGCAAGAGUCGGCUGUCGUCUCCGACUACUCUUUUGUAUAAUCACGACGAGAGCAACAACAGCGACGAAGGCAAAUCGAGUCGUCACCAUGAGAACGUCGGCAAGAGCAGCAAGACGAAGAAAGGCCGUCGCCAUGACGACCCGCCGCCGCCGCCGUCGUCUCUGCAACUGGGUCGGGUUGCCACGGCUUAUUCGCCCGAUCCCGCUUUAUUAUUCCACGCGCGUAACGAAGAAGACGAAGAAGAAGAUUCGGCAGGAGCCAAGCGACGAUUUGGCGGCCCUUUGCCCGGCUCCAACUCCUCCAACAGCAGCAGCAGCAACUUGAGCAAAUGUCGUUGCCCUUCGGGAUUCACGCCGGUCGCCAGCAGCCGGAAGAGAUCGGCCUGCGGUUUGUGCCAGUGUCACGAUUACGAUUUCGGACGCAGCAGACACCACCACGGCGGGAUAAGAGCGGCCAAUCCCGCCACCGCACGCCACCAUCAUCAUCAGAACCUGUGCGGCCGUUUGAAACGCGGGCUGGAAACUUUUUCGCCGCGUGACCGGGGGUGCAUCGUCGAGAAAAAGUGCGGGACUCCCGAGUGCAGCUACGGCCGUUACGUGACGUUGACCGGCCGCUGCCCGCGACGCCACGAACUGCGGCCGAGGAGUUGAUUUGAUUCCGAAAUUUCCCCCAAAUUGUUUCGCCUUUACACAUUACCUUCAUAAUGUUUCGACACUUAUUCCGUCGUCCGCCGUUAUGAUUUGUAUCGAUUUUUAGACUUUCAAAAAUCAUAUCACAAUAACGAGUCGAUCAUCCGCUUCCUACAAGCAACAAUUCCCCCCCAGCAUUCGAGAGAUGAAGAAGAAAAAAAAAGGAAAUAUCAGACGCUCCUCGUGUAAUAACCGCGGCCUUGUGUUAAUUCGUUUCCGUCCCAUACAAUCACCCCCACCCCCCUUUCCCGGUACAUAUUUUGACAGCUCCGCUUCUAAUUAUUAACUCUUCCCAUAAUAUUCCGACCUAAACAAAACAAAACGACGACGACGACCAAUGAAAUCAGCCACGCAGGAAACACGGAAAUCGCAUGAGGAUACGUCGAAGAAUGUUGUGUGAUUGUGUGCCACAAGUGUGUGACUGGAUUGUGUAGAAGAAAGAAAGACAGAGUGAAAUUGUUGUGUAUUAUAAAUAGUAAUGAAUAAUAAUAUUGGCCGCCAAAUUGAAAACAAAAAACAAUACAACGAAUUGAAUAACGA